CCGACAUUGUGACUGAGAACAUGGCAAACGUGGAGCUCCAGGACUACGACGGAAUCACAGGACUGGCAACCACCAUCAUGAUGGUCACCGCAUUUCCCGAGUACGUCUCCGGUAAUGCACAAGUCAAUGGUUCUAUAUCUCUGAAGCAUGCGUUCGGGAAGUUAAGAGAGUUGUCAGUAAACUACAACUUGACUGUGGAAGAGGUGAACAUAGCGACGGCAUACAUAUUUACAGGCGCUGCCCAUGUGUUCAAAGCUUCUGAGGUCAAGGCUUUGUGGGAGCAAGAGGAUGGGGUGGGCUUCUCCGACAUGUUAGAAAAGAACAGAGAGGCCACGACAACAACCUUCCAAGCCUUAGACGUGCUUGACGACAUCUAUCUCAUCAACAUGAUGCCAGCCUACGAUGACGGUGAUCUUUUCGCAGAUAUCUUUACAUCCAAGGUCCACGUGAGAAUUAAGCGGGAAGACCCCGCUGACUCCUCCGAGCAGCUGUAUACAGUGGCGGGUGCGAGUGACUCGUUUGUCCGCGUGCCGUCCUUCUCAUCGCUGGCUGGGGACGGUUGUCUUGGAGGAGAGACGGCUGGAGUACAGUUUCUGGAAUCAAACUUCAAUCCGUUCGAAUAUUCCAACAAUUCGCGGUUAGUCGAAUCAGAUGUAGUCGGCUUGGCGGUGAAAUGUGGCAACUCGACAUUUCCUGUCUCUGGCCUGAGCGAGCCGAUAGACAUCCUGACGCGAAGGGAGAACAAGAGCCUGGAUGAGAUGAUGUCCAUCUUUACUGCGUCUUCACGACUUGGCGACAUAUCGGUAUAAUGUUAAAUCUUUGUAUGCUGCAAUAGUAUACCACGAUAGUACAGCUUCAAAUAAACAAAAGGUCAAAAAGACCAAAAUCCAUACUAAUCUACAGAAUAAAUACAGAGUUUAGAGAUAAUCGGAUCAAACUUGAGACUUUUCUGCAUUUUUCCUGUUGCUGAACUGAUGGUGAGGUAAAACAGGCUAAUAAUAUUUUUUGCCAGACUUUCCAUUUUCAUGCUAGGAGAAACAUGUCGGCGAUGAGCUUCAGUCUGGAUUUCAGCAGCACCCUGUUCCCUCAUGACGUCACCAUGUGGCUGAGGAAACACAAGCCUCCAACCCCAGACACGUACGACUGGACAGCCACCCUGCCGGUUCCGGAGGACCAGCUCGUCACCGUCCCAUGGAUGAACGGAUCAUCCCUGGCAUCCAGCGCUUACCAGUGGCUGCUGCCAGAAGACGAGAUCGCCAUCACAGACCUGGAUGUAGACAUAUACAACAGGACAGACUAUUUUAUCGGACUUCGAUUCGGCUCCGAAGUUGAUCGCGCCAGCGGAGAAAUUGUCGAGUUCACUUUGUACGUCUUUGAGACGUCCUGUGUCUACUUCCAAGAAAACGAAACCCACCUGUGGCAAAGUGACGGCUGUAAAGUCGGUCCGAUGUCUAACAUAACCCAUAUCCACUGCCGGUGUGAUCACCUGACCAAAUUUGCUGGUUUCGUGCCGCCAAAUCCACUCAACAUCCGGGAAGCAUUCUCAGCGAACAUCUUAGAGAAUCCGACUGGCCUCAUUCUGGUUCUCGCCGUGUUCACUUCGUACGUCAUGGGCGUUAUCUGGGCCAGGAAAGCCGACAGAAAAGACAUCGCUAAGGUCAGGCAAAUAAUGCUAUCAUGUGUAUGUUUCCUUUAUAUGUAAAUAUGUCUCCAUGUGUUUCAAAAAGAGAGAAGAACAUGUUAGAUGCAACGUUUAGCGAUUGUAACAAAUAGUGUCUUAGUUCCCUUUUCAUUUAGCUUAGUUUAAAAUCAUUGUAUAAGUUUAGUUUUUCCUCUGCAUCCAUAAGACCACAUGUGGUCCCUUUGUGCAUUUAUCCCUCGGGCAUGAAUAUGCAAUAAAGAUUAUCAUAUAUUUAUUUAUCAAAAGAAAGCAUUAGAUUAGAUAUUUUAUUCGCCAAUGUUUAUUUAUAUAUAUCCUUAUUCAUGUAUUUCCCCUUUAAAUGUAUUACUAUGCAAAUACUAUGCAAUCAUAUUUUCAUAAUUGGACUUUUCAAACCGUACAGGAAACGGGAAUUUACCUUCUCU